AUGGGAUUUCUCCUGCUCGGUGGCCUAUUCCUUGGUGCCGUCUUUGCGCAAGACGCCUCGCAAUUGCCGGACCCUUUUGCCGGUGUCGCCGCCCAAUUCCCGAAUGCUGAUCCGAACCCGCCCUUUAUGGCGUUAUUGGCCCCGCCUCCGCCGAUGAUCGUGCAACAAAGCAUCCAAAUCCAUAUUGGUGGCAAGAAUUCUGGAAAAGACGAUGAUGGCGGAAAAGACAAUGAUAAUGACAACCACACCCAUAACAAUGGUCUCCCAUCCAGCGCUCGCAGGAAGUUGCCGAUGGUUCUCUUCAAGCAAAACUACCCGGACAAAGAUCUCAGAUGGCGCAACUCCUACCGUACCACCGACGAGCUCGGCGUGCGCAGGGGGGAUAUGGACAAAGUCAUCCAAGUGGACACUAACCUGUGCGUCUCGAAGUCGGCCAACCCGAGAAACGGAUGCUCCCUGAAAUCUCUGACGGUUGAUUCCAAGGGCCUUCGCUUCUACGAUGGAAAGACGAUGGUUGGAUACAUUGCCACCAACCCGGGACAAUGCGGAGCAAACAGGCGUGUUUGGGAGUUCAAGAACUUGGAUCGUGGAGAUUACGUCUACGCGUGCGAGGGCAAGGGCUGCUACGAGCUGAACAAGGAGUAUCACUUCAAAAAGACCGGAAACUCGGUGUGGAUGUGGAGCUGC